AUGGCGGCGCUGAGGAAGAAGCGGCGGGAGGAGCGCGGCGCCAACGGCAAUGUCCGGCUGCAGCUGAGCCUGAGUGAACCCAGCGACAGGAGCAGCACCGAGUACAGCUACAGCGAGCUGCUCCGGGAGGCCCGGAAAAAUUCAGCGAAUGCCGACGAUCCCUUCAACGCCGAGGAAAAGGAGAGGAAGGAAGUGGAGGCAUUGGCGAAGAAAUUUGAGGAGAAAUAUGGACAGAAGAACCACAAGCGGAGGAAAGACCGCAUGCAGGACCUGAUCGACAUGGGGUACGGCUACGACGAAACCGACCCUUUUAUAGAUAACUCGGAAGCAUAUGAUGAGCUGGUCCCAGCCUCUCUGACCACCAAAUACGGGGGAUUUUACAUCAACGCAGGCACGCUGCAGUUCCGACAGACGUCCGACACUGAGGACGAGGACGGCGCAGGGAAGAAGAAGCUGAAGUCACCCAAGAAACAGAAGUUCAAAGAUGGGGAAGACAGGAUAUCGAAGAAGCAGAAGAGACGGGAUGAAAGCGGGAUGAAGGACAAGAAGCCGAAGAAACUAAAAGUUUCUAAAGAGUCUGGUGUUGUGGCCCUCAACGCAUCCAAGGUCUCCAAGAAGAAGCGGAGAAACCACAGCGACUCGCUCUCACUGGCUGAGAUGCUGCGGAAAUUCCAGAAGGAAAAAGACUCCAUGAAGAAGCAGGGUGGGGUGAAGCCUACGCCAGGGCCUCAGCAGCCAGACCAGACCCCAAAGAACGCGAGCCUCUCAGACUCCCUCAUGCCCACCAACGACCCUCUCCUCUCCAUGCUGGGCACUUCCAGUGAGCACGACCUACUGCGGGAUGCCUCCACCGCCAUUGACCUCCUUGCCGACCUAGACAUCGAGAAGCUGCUGGCGGAGACGCCAAGUGGAAGUCCCAUCUCCGAGCCCGAGGAAAGCAGCAGCGCUGGUGCCUCCUCCCCCGCCGGCUCCCUGCUCCACACCCCCAGGGACGUGGCCGAGACCCCCGAGGGCUUGCCCACCCCCCUGGAGAAACGCAUUGGAGAUCUGAAGAUGGCUGCCAAGGUCACAGAGGGCGAAGGAAAGAAGAAAUUCUUCACUUCAGAUAUCAACGCCAUCCUUCUGGAUAUUGAACUGCAGGUACAGGAGUUGAGUCUGAACGUGCGGACGGGAGUCUACGCCUAUCUGGUCUCCUUCAUGCCCUGCAGUAAGGACGCCCUGAUGAAACGACUGAAGAAACUUCACCUCAACGAGCAGGAUGAGCGCCUGCGGGAGCCGAUGCAGAAGUUGAAAGAAGCCGUGGGGAAGGUGAUGCCCGAACAGAUACUGAGAUUCCAGGAGGAGCUACAGGCCCACACCCAGGCCAGGUUUGCCAAGACAGUGUCUGAGGAGGAGCGAGACAAGAAUGGCUCCGAGGAUGAAGAUGAGGAGAAGCCGGGCCGAAGAGUCACAGGACCAAGGAAGAAGUUUGCUUGGAACGAUCACGUCAGGGAGCUGCUGUGUAACCUGGUGAAGAUAAAGCUGGGCUGUUACGAGCUGGAACCCAAUAAACUGCAAUCGGUGGAGGAUUAUCUGAAGACGUUUCUGGAGACAGAAGUCAAGCCUAUCUGGCCGAAAGGAUGGAUGCAAUCUCGGUUGCUGUUUAAAGAGAGCAAGAGAGUUCACAAUCACCUGACAGCAGCCCCGGCCAAGAAGAAGGUCAUAUUCGCACCAAAGCCUAAAGUGAAGGAUUCCAGCCCCAAGAGAGAGACGAAGCUUUCCCCUCCCCUCGGCUCCGGAUCCAAACAGCUGGUUAGCGUCUCCCCGCAGGGCGGGGUCUGUGCCUCCGGCCGCGAGACCAUCUGUUUGGACGACUCCCUGGACGAGGAGCUGCCCUUAAAGCCGCCGUCGUUGGAAUCUGUGUCUGAGGCUCUCGCCUUGUUCACCAGCUCGGCCAAGGGUACCAAGGAGACCCUCAACUGUGUUUCCGCCACAGCCCGGCCUCAGCCCCUGGUCAAGGCAGAGAGUAAAGCCCCAGCCAAGGUCAACCCAGCCUCUGCCAAGACCCCCGCGCCCCCCUCUACUGCCCCUUUGUCCUUCAUGUUCAGCCACGGUGGGACGGGAGCCAAGAAGCCCCAGGAGGGGGUCCGACAGGGGCUGUCCAGUCUCAUCGCCGGGUACACAGCACCAUCUCCACAAGGCACCCACAAAGCUCCUGUGGGGGGCUCGGGGGUCAAACAACAACAGCAGCAGCACAACCAGGCCAGGCCGAGCCAGACCACCGGCUCAGCCCAGACUGUCAAACCCCAGCCUGGCCCCCGACACCCGGUCUUCCACUCCUCCUCGCCUCUGCCCGUCGGCAAGUGCCACGCCAACCCCGUGGUGAAGCUGAGCGCCUGCCCGCUGCACGUGAUCGCCAACCACACGCAGAAGGCCUCUGAGAAGCAAACAUCUCUCCAGCCGGGCUUCCCCCAGUCCGUCACCAGCUCCAUCUCGCACAGUUUGGUGUCUCGGGCCAGUCCCGGCCCAUCUACCUCCAGCGCUUACAAAGCCGCCGCCACCUCCAGCAACACCUCCUCUAUGCAAGGCUUCAAGCCGGCCUUCACCUCGGCCAAAGCCGUCUCCUCCCCGGGCUGUGCCGGGCUGGGGGGGCAGAGCGGCCUGGCCGUGAGCCUCGGCAACAGGCAGGCGUCUGGCAAACACACGGUCAGCCCGUCCCUGGCCAGGCAGUCAGCCCCCGGUCACCAGCAGCCGGGAAACCUCGUCAAAAAGCCUUCAGUGCCUCAGAAACUGCCCGGCCCCCUGGGCCCCGGGGGAGGGGGGGGCAGCCGGAGCAUCGUCCCCCCUGGGGGGGUGAGGGGCAGCUCCACAGCCGGCACCGGGCGGAGCGGGGGUCCCGGGAUCACGGCAGUGACGGCCAGCAGGAGCGGGGCUACAAGCAAGAGCACCGUCAGCACCAGCACCGGCUCCACAAACCGCAGCCCCCUCAACAGGAGCGUGGGGCUGAACCAUGGGCCGGUGAGCAGGACGGUGGCGGGGGGGGCUAUCAGCAGGACUAGUGUCAGUGUGGCCACAGGGACCACCGGUGCUAUCAAAAUGCUGCCCAGCCCACACAGGACUUCCUCCGUCUCAGGAAUUAAUAUUGCCGCAGCCGGUGUCCAGGCUACGAGCAGCUCAGCGAUGCUGGCCAGCACCCCGCCAUUGACUCUGAUGACGUCUCCCCUGAAUGUAACCAGUCCGAACGUGUCAUCGGCUUCACUCAACACAGCGGCGUUCGGCAUGUUGGGCGGGCUGGUCCCCGUCUCCCUGCCUUUCCAGUUCCCCCUCAACCUCAUCAGUUUCGGGGCCGAUUCCAGCAACACUGCCUCGGCUUCCACAGGAUCUACCUCAGCCGCAUUCCACCACAACCUAACGCAGAAUAUUUUGAAAGGUUUGCAGUCAACUUCACAAGUUUCACGAUCAACUGUACCCGCUCAUUUACAACAGGCCUACACAGAUGGCAACAAAAGCCAAGGAGAUUCUUCCAAACGUAAAUCCCUGUGAUGAUUUAUUGGCUCGUCUGCAGUAAGACGGACAUGAAGUGGUGGCUGGAGCUUCCCUGGCCAGUCUGCUUGGCCUGUGCGGGAGGUGUCUUGCUGGGUGUACUCCCGAUGGGUAAAGAGAUCAGUUUUGUGUCUACAGCAGCAGCAGAGCCCAGGACAAGGGAAACCUUUCAGUCCGUCUGGUUUACAAUAGAACCUUA